AUACUUUCCUUAGUAUUAUUGCAGUUGAAGAUAUACUUCUGUAGAACCGUAGAAAAAAAAAAAAAAAGAAAAACCAAUUAAAAAUGGCUCGUUUUUCUUUGUUUUUUAUAACUUUGAGCGUGGUGUGCUUUUUCGCCACCGUAAUUGCACAUCCAAUUGACUGUGAUGACGAUACAAUUUCUCCUGUGUCAAGUGCUGCAAGCAGUAGUCAAUCAAGCAGUAAUUCUGCUUCAAGUGCAAACAGCUCAAGUGGUUCAAAUCCAACUGACUGCGAUGAUAGUGAAACAAACUCUGGAUCAAACGCAAGCAGUAAUUCCGCUUCAAGUUCUAGCAGUGAUUCCAGUUCAAAUGCAGGAAGUAAUGCUGGUUCAAGUGCUGGUAGCAAUGCCGGUUCAAAUGCAGGCAGUAACGCUGGUUCAAGUGCAGGAAGUAAUGCUGGAUCAAGUGCAGGUAGCAAUGCUGGAUCGAGUGCAGGAAGUAACGCUGGAUCAAGUGCAGGAAGUAAUGCUGGAUCAAGUGCCGGCAGUAAUGCUGGAUCGAGUGCAGGAAGUAACGCUGGAUCAAGUGCAGGAAGUAACGCUGGAUCAAGUGCAGGAAGUAAUGCUGGAUCAAGUGCAGGAAGUAAUGCUGGAUCAAGUGCAGGCAGUAAUGCUGGAUCAAGUGCAGGAAGCAAUGCUGGAUCAAGUGCAGGAAGUAAUGCUGGAUCAAGUGCAGGUAGCAAUGCUGGAUCAAGUGCAGGAAGCAAUGCUGGAUCAAGUGCAGGCAGUAAUGCUGGAUCAAGUGCAGGAAGUAAUGCUGGAUCAAGUGCAGGAAGCAAUGCUGGAUCAAGUGCAGGAAGUAAUGCUGGAUCAAGUGCAGGCAGUAAUGCUGGAUCAAGUGCAGGUAGCAAUGCUGGAUCAAGUGCAGGAAGCAAUGCUGGAUCAAGUGCAGGAAGUAAUGCUGGAUCAAGUGCAGGAAGUAAUGCUGGAUCAAGUGCAGGCAGUAAUGCUGGAUCAAGUGCAGGAAGCAAUGCUGGAUCAAGUGCAGGAAGCAAUGCUGGAUCGAGUGCAGGAAGUAACGCUGGAUCAAGUGCAGGAAGUAAUGCUGGAUCAAGUGCAGGUAGCAAUGCUGGAUCUAAUGCAGGUAGCAAUGCUGGAUCAAGUGCAGGCAGUAACGCCGGUUCCAACGCUGGAUCAAAUGCCGGAAGUAAUGCAGGAAGUAAUGCUGGAUCAAAUGCAGGAAGUAAUGCAGGUUCAAAUGCCGGAAGUAAUGCUGGAUCGAAAACAGGCAGUCUUAUCAAUGUCGGUGCUAAAGUUUUAAGCAAAAGUGGUGCAGGAUCUCAUGCAAUUAGUGGUGCUGGAUCAAAAGCAGGCAGUCUUGUAAAUGUUGGUGCCAAAGUUUUGAGUGGAAGUGGUGCUGGAUCAAAAGCAGGCAGUCUUGUCAAUGUUGGUGCUAAAGUUUUGAGUGGAAGCGGCGCUGGAUCUCACGCAGUUAGUGGUGCUGGAUCAAAAGCAGGCAGUCUUGUUAAUGUUGGUGCUAAAGUUUUGAGUGGAAGUGGUGCUGGAUCAAAAGCAGGCAGUCUUGUUAAUGUUGGUGCUAAAGUUUUGAGUGGAAGUGGUGCUGGAUCUCAUGCAGCUAGUGGCGCUGGAUCAAAAGCAGGCAGUCUUGUCAAUGUCGGUGCCAAAGUUUUGAGUGGAAGUGGCGCUGGAUCAAAAGCAGGCAGUCUUGUAAAUGUUGGUGCCAAAGUUUUGAGUGGAAGUGGUGCUGGAUCUCAUGCAGGUAGUGGUGCUGGAUCAAAAGCAGGUAGUCUUGUCAAUGUUGGUGCUAAAGUUUUGAGUGGAAGUGGUGCUGGUUCUCAUGCAGCUAGUGGCGCUGGAUCAAAAGCAGGCAGUCUUGUCAAUGUUGGUGCUAAAGUUUUGAGUGGAAGUGGUGCUGGUUCUCAUGCAGCUAGUGGCGCUGGAUCAAAAGCCGGUAGUCUUGUCAAUGUCGGUGCUAAAGUUUUAAGCGGAAGUGGUGCUGGAUCACACACAGCUAGUGGUGCUGGAUCAAAAGCAGGCAGUCUUGUCAAUGUUGGCCUUGGUGUUUUAGGCUCAGCAACUCACCAUCAUGCAGAUUGUUAAAUCAAACAUAUUCAUAAUUGAAAAAAAUCAUACCAUUAAUUACAUAAUAUUUAAUUUGUAUCAAUUAUAUUUUAUUCCUGUUUAUUGCUGUAAACAAAUUUUGACAAUUAAAUAGCUAGUUUACAAUUCUUUUUUUCUAUA